UGGCAGUGGAGCUCCCUCCCUGUCACAUUGCUCUGGCGCUGGCUCUGCUGCCUAGUGCACACCGUCCAUCACCUGCUCUCCUUCGUGCUCCUCACAAUUCUCUGGCUUGUACAGCCCAGGAUGGUUUCGCUAUGUGGUCUGGGCAAGGGGAUAGGCGAGUACGAGGACCAGGACAGGGACGAGGAUGACCUGGAGUGUGAGUAUGACUCCACUUGGGAGGACGAGGAUUACGGAUGCAACAGUGAGCAGCACAUGAAGCCAUGGUCGGGUGCCCCGAGACUAAAGUGGAGCCGGAGGAACAUACGUGCUGCCAGGGACAUGCAACGAUACCGGCACUACUACACAGAAAACAAAGAAAUGCCGAAUUUGAACUUCUACCUCAACAAAAUUUGCUGCAAACCUGACGGUUUCACAAUAGAGGAUUUUCACAGGGAAUGGAGGGGAAACUACGAAAGACUAGAACAGGUCCAUUCUUUCAUCCAGUGGUUGUUUCCACUUCAAGAACCAGGAAUGAACAUCUAUGCCGCAGAACUGACGCCAAGGGAAACUGAGGAGUUCCGUAAGAACGAUGAGGCAAAAAGGAGGCUUGUGGAGUCGUACGAACUCAUGCUGGAUUUUUACGGCAUAGAGCUCCUCGACAAAAACACAGGGAAAGUACAGCGGGCAGAAAAUUGGGAGGAGCGAUUCUAUAACCUAAACAUAAACACACACAACAACCUGCGCAUCACCCGUAUACUGAAGUGUCUGGGGGAACUUGGGUUCGAGCACUUCCAGGCCCCACUUGUUCAAUUCUUCCUAAAUGAGGCUCUGAUCAAGAAAACCCUAUGGAACAUCAAGCAUAGCAUCAUGGAUUACUUUCUGUUCUCAGUCCGCAACAAGCAAGAGCGCCAGAAGCUGGUCAAGUUUGCCUUCAAGCACUACAGGCCCCAGGAGGAGUUUGUGUGGUGUCCAAGAAGAAUCCAACAGCAUCUCGCACAGUGCUUGAAGCAAACAUCAAGCAUCGCAGGAAAAAACGAUGAGUGCCCUCUAGACAAAGAGAAGCAGGAAUGUUUGGACAACAAAGAUGACUCAGAAGCAGUUCAGCAAACUGGAAACGAUGCAGCAGAGCAAAGACCUAGUGAUAUGGAUGAUUUGAUGAUGAUCACAACCAGUGACAAUGAUUCACCCCCAAACAAGGAUACAGAGAGUUACAGAGGAGCUGAAGAAAACAGCUGUGAAGUUGUGAAGAAACACUUAGAAAGUGUGAGUCAAAGCAAUGCAGGUGAAGAGGUAAAGAGUGAUAGAGCUACAGGUGAAGAAGAAAGGAAUCAGAGAACCUUAAAUGAUAUGAUGAAUGAAAGUUCCUUGAGAGAGGUAGCAAGUGACAAUGAUGGAACUCAAGUAGGAAAGCGUAACCUUUCUACAGCUAAAGAAGAAAGGAGUCAAAGUGCUUCAGCUGAAGAGGCAAGGACUAACAGUCCUGAAGAUGAACAAGCAGGGAAUCACAGAGGUGCAGCUGAAGAAGCAGGAAGUAACAGAACUAUAGCUGAAGAUGCUGAGAGUCAGAGUGCUGCAGGCUGUGAGACAGUUCCACAGCUAAAGAAGCAAGGACUCAGAAUUGGAACCAAAGAAGCACGGAGUGACCUUUCUGCAAGCGAAGAAGUAGGCAGUCUAAACACUGUAGCUGAACACAAGUACUGAGUUAAAAGGUCCCACAUAAAGAGUCAAGGAGUGAUUUUUCUAGAGGCAAUGAAGAAAGAACUCAAAGUGCUAUAGCUAAAGAUACGAUAAGCAACAAGUCAACAGGUGAAGAAACAAGAAGUUAUCACAAGGGAAGGGAAUGAGCAGGGAGGGACUUUUCUGAAAGUGAAGAUGAUGGGUUUGAUGGAGGAAAACAUGAAUGUGGGUUGAGUUCACAAAGUCACACAAGCAGAUACCCAAUUCAAUUCAAUUCAAUUCAUUUUUAUAGAGCGCUCUUCUCACGCAGUGACACAGAGCUCUU